AUGCCUACGCUGCAGAGGACCAACUCAUGCACCGAUAUUGGGUUCACGCUGCGGCGCCAGUUUGGCAAACCAGACUUCAGACCCCAUCAGCGUGAAAUCAUCGAAGCAGCCUUGGCCGGUUUCGACGUCUACGUGCAGGCCGCUACAUCGUUUGGCAAGAGCUUAUGCUUCCAGCUGCCGGCUGUAAUUGACACUGGUAUUGUGGUGUCGCCACUCUUGUCUUUGAUGAUCAACCAAGUUGAGGCAUUGCGUGCAUCCGGAAUCAACGCGAGCGCGCUCAAUAGCAACACACCGUAUCCUGAAAAGGAAAGAAUACACCGAGACUUGGAAACGGGCCAUCCCUUGACGCGGCUAUUAUACGUGACACCUGAGCUAUGCUCCGGCUCCCGCUUUCGUGAGCGCCUUCAAAAGGUGCACGAACAGAGGGAGCUUGCCCGAAUUGCCAUUGACGAGGCACACUGUAUAUCAGAAUGGGGCCAUGAUUUCCGCAAAGACUUUAAACGACUUUCUUGGUUCCGCGAGACAUUUCCCACGGUGCCAAUCAUGUGUUUAACAGCUACGGCCAACGAUCGAGUGCGUCAAGAUAUCCUCAGCGUAUUGCGGCUCGAUGGCGCUCCGGGGAGGAUCAAGGCGUUUCUGAUGAGCCCUUCGCGAGCCAACUUGCACCUAGAAAUACGAUACACAAAGGAUGAGGACGACAACCGUUUAUCAGACUUCCUAGCGUGGCUGCAAUCUGUGUACGAUCGCCGUAGGGCGGAGCCGCGGAAAGAGGAACUUCGGCAGUCGGGCGAAAGAGUCGAGAACGUGCCAGGUAUUAUCUACACAAUAUCUCGUGACGAAUGCGAUACGCUCUCGGCGGCGUUGCGGGCUCAGGGGAUCGGCGCACGCCCCUUUCAUGCGAAAUUGCCCAAGGACGUCAAGGAGGACACUCUCAACCGAUGGAUUAAAAAUGAACAGGGCUACGACAUUAUCGUAGCCACCACCGCCUUCGGCAUGGGCAUCGACAAGAACAAUGUGCGAUUCGUCGUGCACUGGAGGUUGCCCAAGUCUUUUGAGGGCUACUACCAAGAAGCAGGCCGUGCCGGGCGAGACGGGAACGCGAGCUACUGCUUCCUGUAUUAUAGCCGUGAGGACCUGGAGCGGAUCACGCGAAUGGUGAAAGGGGACUCGAAAGACAGCACAAGCUACCAAUCACGGCUGCGCAGCCUGCAAGCCCUCGCGCUCUACUGCGAGAACAUCAAAUCGUGCCGACACGCUGAGAUUUGUAAAUACUUUGGCGAAGCGGUAAUGCCGGAGUGCGAUUUUGCGUGUGACUUUGACAAGGAUGCGGAGGAUCUACAAGAAAGAUUUAGAGAGGGGCUGGCAAGCGAGGAAUGGGUGAGCACGCAGGCGAUGCAAGGCACAUAUGACGGAUAUUAUGACGAUUAUUAA